AUGGCAGAAUCACAGCGCCGUUUGGAGGGCAAAGUCGCCGUAAUUACGGGCGCGGGCAAGGGCAUCGGUCGCGCUAUAGCCAUAGGAUUCGCGUCAGAGGGGGCAUCCGUGUGCUGCGCAGCGCGCACGGCCUCCGACCUGAAAGAAGUCGCAGCGGAAAUCGCGAGUCGCGGCGGGAAGGCGAUAGCCGUGCAGACUGAUGUAACGAGCUUCGAUGAUGUGGAGCGAAUGAACAGGGAGACGGCAGGGGCGUUCGGUGGCAUCGACAUUGUGGUCAUAAACGCCGGGGGCAACCUUGAGCGCAGCAGGGUCGAGGCCGGCGACCCCGAUCUAUGGGCAGCGACCAUCGACCUCAACCUCAAGGGCGCAUACUACACGUCGAAGAGCGCCAUCCCUUACCUUAAAGAGCGGGGCGGCGGCAAGAUCAUAACCAUCGGAUCGGGCAUCGGGCACAACGGUCGUCCCAGUGCCUCCGCCUAUGCAUGCGCCAAAGCAGGCUCAUGGAUGCUGACGCGUGUACUAGCACAAGAGUUGUGGGAGUAUGGAAUCAGCGUCAACGAACUCGUGCCCGGGCCUGUCCUGACGCCCGGUGCUAUCGCCGCAUGGGAGCAGGAAGAGAACAGCGUCAACACGAUUGACAGCGAGUGGGUUAAGGAGUCGGAGGAUGUCUUGCCGCUUGCGCUUUUCCUCGCCACUCAGCCGGACAAGGGACCAACUUCGCAGAGCUUCAGCCUGAUGCGGCGCGACACUUAG